GCCGCUUCCGAAUGGGCAUCAUUGCUGCGACCAUUGAGAGGUCGCGAGCCAGAGGGAAUGUGGAAUCUCCUUUCCAUCGUGCGCGAAAUGUUCAAGAGAAAUGACCGUAACGCCAUUCCUCUGCUGGAAAUCAUCACGGAAGAGUGCAUGGCAUGCGAGCAGAUUCUUGUUUGGUGGUUCAACACUAAAGUCGCCUUACUGAACGGCACCGGAUAUGGCAGCAAGCAUAAUAUGAACAGCAACGUGCACGCUUCUCAGCACGCGUGCUCGUCCUUAUGCGAUGAGAUUGUAGUUCUCUGGCGAUUGGCCGCGUUAAAUCCUGGUCUAUCGCCAUCAGAGCGUGAAAUGUUGCAUGCUCAAUUUAUGGCUUGGCAUUUGAAGAUCAUAGACAAAGUUGCUAAGUGUCGUGGCAGUUCCGUACCGCACAACUCGCACAAUAGAAGUAACAGUUCACAGAAAGAUUCCCUGAAACAUGAUCUCGCAGUCUUUACCGGAUUCAAGUCAGCGCUCGAAGCUUGUUAUCUUGAUUGGGAUGAAUAUAUCUUACCGGGAAUUACAUAUACCGCCGAGAAUAAUCCUAUGUACCACUGUCCCUUUACGUGUUUUCGGCAUGCCGGAGAUACAAGGACGGAGGUAAAUCAGGUAAAUUCUAGUUCAGCGGUAUUGAAUUAUCAACCACCAAUGUCGCAUCAUCACGGUCGACGGUCGUUGAAUGUUGGUCUCGUCGAGUUCAGCUACUUAGACAGACGACGGUUGAAUCCGCGUGAAUUCCCAUUGUGUUCGAGAAGUGGAGGUGGCGAUGGAAAUCGUAGCAGCGUUAGCUCCGAAGGUUUCUGUGAGAAUGACACCGACAUUCCUGAUAUAUCUGAGUCUCAGGUUGUUCUUAGACAAGGUUGUGCUCAACUAAAUAAUUGCGGCGAUACCGAUUCGCAGGAAGGGGCUGGUAGCGAGUCAUCUUCCAACAGUAACGUUAGUAUGAAGAACGCUCAAGGCUCGGACAAGCAUCGCUCAAACGCCUCGUCCGAGACACAUAGUGAUAGUAGUGAUAGUAGUAAUAACAAACCUGCCUGCGAGAACGCGAAGUGCAGUAGGACGAAUAUUGCGGAGUGCCGUGAUAAAUUGCGUGUUGUGCCCAAAGGGGUCAGUGGUAAGAACGAACAAGAAUCCGAUCAAGAAAAGGAAGCUGGGAGGCCAUUCAAGGAUGAAAGCUCCUCAUCUAGUAGUGACAGUCCUUCUGGUGAUGAGUACAAUGUUUACUAUUACGAUCCAAAAGCUGUGACCAAUAAUAGUAGCCUGCCGAAUAAAUAUGCUAAAAGCAAUAUACAUACCGCUACUACUCAAGAUGCCAGUGUAGUUCUAAAUAAUUUAAAGAAAACGGAAGAUCCAUGGGACAUUUUAUUCGCGCGGGCAGAGGGACUUUAUGCUCAUGGUCAUACGAGAGAAGCAUGUAUUAUUGGAGUACAGCUAGCUGAGGAACUUUUGGCUAAUCCCCCCGAUCUUGUAAUCGAAGGACCGCCAGUGCCAGUUAAGAACAAACGGAAGAGGCAACAUGUAAAUCCAGCAUCUCAUCAAGUAACGUGUCUUGCAUCGGCAACUUUAGCAAAAUGUGGAUUCCUAUGCACAGUACUUGCUGAGAAUCCAGAAUAUCAUAAUUUGGCAUUUCGCGUGGGUCUUUUUGGUUUGGAAAUGGCUAGGCCACCGGCUAACACAAAGCCUUUGGAAGUUAAAUUGGCUCAUCAAGAAAGCGAAUUGGUAGUUUUGCUAAAAAGAAUUCCCUUGGGACCGACUGAAUUAGCUAUGAUAAAACAAAGAGCCGAACAAUUGAGAGAUGGAGUUAUGAGAUCAAGAGGACAUGCGCUUUUACCCAUCAUGUUGGCUAGUUUUAUUUAUGAUGCGCUCGAUGUACCAAAGAAUAGAAAUAUAAAAUAUUUCACAGGAGUGAAACUACCUGCAGAAAUUGAUCCAAAUCUUGGAUUUGAUGCCGCCGUGGCUGUCUUGGGAUUGAAGGCGAACGUAAGUGAAGCAGAUCAUCCACUUCUUUGUGAGGGAACUCGCAGGCAAAGAGGAGAUUUAGCUAUUACUUUACUCGUACAUUACAAAGAUGAUCCGGUAAAAUUGGCUAGAAUAAUGGACAAGUUACUGGAUCGAGAUGUUCAUCAACUUAUCAAAUCACCUAUUCUUAGUAGUUAUUAUACUGCUAAUCCUCCCACAAAGAGUGAAAUGGCACGAUUUGUUCACGAUGAAGAACGUUCAUCUCCUUUAGCUGGGACUGAUAAUGGUGGUGAAAACAUUAUUGGCGCUAACAGUAGACCUCAUAGUAGUACGAGUGCAGAAUUAGACAGUGGUAUAAGUGCAUUACCUAUACAACCGCAAAUUGUGCAGCUACCGGUGCCUAUUAGAACUAAAGAAACACGGUAUAAGAGCAAAAGGCUAUAUCCAUCUAUUCCCAAUCAACCGUCAGAAGCAAGCGCACACUUCAUGUGCGAAUUGGCAAAGACAGUCUUAUCGAAGGCUGGUGGUACCAGUUCUACUUCAUUAUUCACUCAACCAUCAACUAGUCAAAAUCAUCAUGGUCCCCAUAGAGCACUUCAUAUGUGUGCUUUUCAACUCGGAUUAUAUGCCCUCGGUCUCCAUAAUUGCGUUAGUCCGAAUUGGCUCAGUCGUACAUACUCAAGCCAUGUGUCCUGGAUAACUGGCCAAGCAAUGGAAAUUGGAGCUCCAGCAAUUUGGUUCCUUAUUGACAGUUGGGAAGGACAUUUGACUCCGCCUGAAGCUGUCAGUAUAGCUGAUAAGUCUUCAAGAGGUAGCGAUCCAAAUAUGGUUAGGGCAGCAGCGGAACUUGCUUUAUCUUGCCUACCGCACGCGCAUGCUCUUAACCCUAAUGAAAUUCAGAGAGCUAUAUCUCAGUGCAAGGAACAGAGCGAGGCUAUGUUGGAGAAAGCUUGUAUCACUGUAGAGAAUACUGCAAAAGGAGGCGGUGUUUAUCCAGAGGUGCUAUUCCAGGUGGCAAAAUAUUGGUACGAGUUAUAUCUUCGGCAAACUCCCGGUGGAGAUCAGCAGGAUGAGAUUUCUCAUGAUCCUCUACAAUUAGAUCUCAAUGGAGUAUUACUAGUUGAUCCAGGACCUUCUGUGGAUCUGUCAAAUACUCAAAUGAUGCCUGGUCCGGCGCAGACAGUUGUCGUUACCAGUACGCAACCACCUCCUCAACAUUAUACUCAUCCAACGAUUACAACUUUGGCGCCUUUAGGUGUUGGCAUGCCGUAUGCUGUGGGCCCAUAUAGCUUUGUACAUCCUCAUCAUUCUAUUGCGACAUUCAGCGGUCCGAUGCCUUCGCAUAGAGUCACUUUACCACCCGCACCACAUAUGCAAAUGUAUCAUCCAUUUCCACAUCAUCCUGGACAUCCUCAACAUCCACCACAUCCACAUCAUCCAUCUCCGCCCGCUCCACCUCCACCUGGACCGUAUUACACACCGCAACCUCCUCCACCCACACCGGGAACGCGCCAUUUAUACACGAUGCAACAACCUAUACCAGUCCAGGCAGGAGUAGCGGGUCCUCUUCCUGGACAAAACAGCUUACCUGGACCCACGUUAGUUCAGACGCAAUCUAUGAUAUCAACUGUGAGAGCUCAACCUCCGGUUCAUAGGCAAAGUCAGACAUUUAAUCAACAACGGACUCUCGUUUCUGCAUACCGUGUAGGUAUGCUUGCGUUAGAAACUUUGGCUCGCAGAGUGCAUGAUGAUCGGCCUCAAGCCAAAUACGCACGAAAUCCACCCUAUGGAGAGGAUGUUAAAUUCUUGCUGAGAGUUGCGAAACGACUUGGCUCACAUUAUAUGCAUCAGUUGUGUAUCUGUGCUGUAAAUAGCAUUGUGAGUCCUUUUGUCCUUCAUCAUGUUGCUUUGGAAGCAGCUCAAUAUCUUGCUAGAAACAAUCCGGCGCUCAUCAUACAGCACUUGAGGUCUGCCUUAUUGGCUCCGCUAGUGCACAAAUGCCAACAGAUGUAUAUUCAGUGUAUGCAUCAAAAAUUGUAUCAUUUAACAGCUACUGAUUAUGAAGAAUUUGCCAAUAUUGUUUGUGCAGCAAGAGCUGCUUUUCAAAUCAAUCCUGAAGGAAAUACUCAAUUCAAGGAAUGGUUACAAUCCAUCAAAAGAUCUCAGUCUUGUAAUAAGGAUCUGUGGGCGCAGAUCAACACGGCGUUACAACAGACCGGCAAAUGACACAGGACGGAGCCAGGCGUGACGUGGCUCACUUCCCUUCCUCCUCACUCUCAACCAUCCCUGCCGCCUCCACCACCGACAACAACUCUCGUAUUACAGCAUCAACAUCCCUGUCACCCCCAUCCACAGAGCGUCGUAUGCGUUCACGGGCUGGCUACAGUCAAUAAGCUCGCUUGGGAUAAAAUCUCUAUACCAUGCAUUAUUGAGGAACCAGCGGCACAUCAAUUACCGCCACCUCCUCAACACCAAAUAACCGGGCUACCGGGACCAUCUGCAUGGCAAGAACCAAUCGACAGCCGUGGUUCUCAGGGGAUUAAUAACAGAGACGAGCGAGAUUUAUCUCAAGUUUAGUUAAUAUAUCUAGAAACGCGUGAGUAGUUGAUGACGAUUAAGAUGAUCAAUUAAAGAAGAUAUAUGAAUUCAGAUAGGUUUAAUAUGAAUAAGUGAAAACUGCUUAAUGAAACUGCUAAGUAUAAGUUUGUGUGUUAAAUUUUACUUAUAUGCAUCAUUGCUCGCAUGGUAAGAUUUACAUAGAAAUGAAACAUUCAGUGCGCUGAUUUAUAUAAGAAUCAUCUGCAUAAAGUGUGUGUGAUAUAUGUAUAUUAUACUAACGGCCAUGAAUCAAAAUUCAUGUUCUGAUUUUGAGUCAUAUCGGAUGUGCGAGCGAGUCAUAAAGUACGCGUAAUAUUUCUUUCUAUUAAGAUAAAUUAAUUCCGGGUAAAUAAAAAUAAGCUUAAUAAAUUUAGA